AUGGCGAGACUGAGUGAUGAAAGCCAUCUUCCUCUUGGAGUUGACUCCUCAAAUGAAAUCCUAAGCCCCCAGCCUUGUCUGCCUCCAGGCAAGGAGCAUCUACUCGCCACGUUUGAAACGUCCCACGUUCCACCCAGCGAUAACGGAUCAGCAACAGAUGGCAGCCGAAUCUACAGUCAAGACUACGAGUAUAACUCAUCGAGCUCCUCAAACCGACAAUCGACCAGUGACAUAUUUAGCCACGAAAUGGACGAAGAUCUCGAACACCUGAAAUCACGAGCAUCGAGCCGCUCCUCCAUUUCCUCUAUGCCAGCCUCCGUUCUUAUACACCCUAUCAACCAUAUGGACUCAAUGUCAUCAGGGAAUCUGCACGAGAAAAUGGUCGGCUACUCAAUCGAGGAAUCCGAAGCCAGUUUUGGUGGAUUCGACGAUCCGCCUAGAAACAUGCGAUCUAUCCGUCCUCGGGAAGCUGCAUUUCGGAAACCGAGCUCCGUGCGCGCUAUACAGAUGCACACAGAGGACGAAGGAGAGGACGAUGAAUAUCUCACUCCCACGAGACGUCGGGCGGGAAUGCGGUCACCUGGAUCUUUACCUGUGAAACGUUCGCCAUAUUACUCGCCUAAUACCUUGACCAACAAACCAAAGCCGAAGAAAGAUUAUCCUCUUGUCCUACUGCAUUGCAACCUCCUAGCACCCUCUCUUCCGGUCCCUGGUGCCUCGGAUCUGCAGAACCAGGACAUUGUGGAGCAAGUCCUCCCACAUCAAUACUGGAAACGCUGGCGACGAUUACAAGAGAAAGUCGGAUCUGGUGUCCUUCGCGACAGAGGUGUCCUGAUCUCACACCCUGAAGAUUUAUAUGAUAUGCUUGAAGAGCGACUCUUGGAAAGCUUGGAGUUGCAGCGCCCACGGGUACACCAAGGCCACUUCUUCGGCCAUGAAGAAAAUAACCCCGAAUCCGAGGGCGAAGUUUCCGACCAGAGCGAAAGCGAGACGGAUGGAGAACAGGGUGAGGAGUGUCUAGACUGUGGCGGACGAGUUGUUCGACAGACUGAUACCAACCGAAAAUGGGAGAUCAGGGUGUUUGCAGCUAAUGGGCUGAUGCGCGCUGGAGCGUGGGCAGCUGCAUGGAGAGAGAUGGAGAAAGUUGAUGUGGAAGUUGGGCUUUGGCUGCCGUCAAAUGUGCGCCGAGCGUUAGAAAAGCGGAUUCUGGAGGAGCGUGCGGCUGUGCCGAAGGAAGAGCCUCAAGCCAUACUGGCUAUAUGCGAGGCGGGGCACCGGGAUAUGGACGCCAGGCGUCUCUCGGCCAGUAUUGAAAGACAUGCUAGGUCAUUCAGCGAGGCAGGCUCGAUUCCAUCUGCUGCACCGCCAGCUCCUCAUGUUCCAGAGCCAACACCGGACAUUUCACACAAAGAACCGGAGCCCGAGAUUGCUCUUGGGACUUUGCUGAUCAACUAUAUCCGAGUGUUGGCCAGCGACAAGCGUAAUAUAGCGUUGGUGAUCAUGUCGAUCGCGGUCGCAUUUCUAGCUAUGGGGGCUCGACCGCAACAACUGCACCAGGUGCCGGCUCUCCAAUUUUUCUUCCAAAACAUGGAGUCGUUUUCAUUCCCUACAACUGCGGAUGUGGUCUCACCAAGCUCAUCCAUUCCUUCCGUGAGCAUUGAGUCCUUGAACAUGGCCCCUUCGUCUGUGGCUUCAAUUGUUGCCUUUGACAGGCCCACUCAAGUGGAAACCCUUCCAACUUUAAGGGUGACGGGCACUCUGGAAGUUUCCGAAUCAAUUGAGGCAUUCCCUGUUGAAGAGACCGCUUUACCUAUGGAGACUAUGGAAACUUCUAUGGAAAAUAUUGUCAAUGCGAUCACUGCACCGUCUCCAUCCCCGAAAACUGAGAUUGAUAUUUUCGAAGAACAAGCCGAGCCAAUGGAAGAACACAAAAAUGAAUAUCCUUCUCAUAUAGAUGCAGUGGGGGAGCUGAGGGGGUUUGAUUCCUCAAAAGAUGCCACGGAAGAUGCCACCGAGACCGAGCUUCCCGGGGCCGCUGAAGCAACCUUGGUUGUGUCAUUGGAAGAGGACAAAAACACAAUCCCUCUUCCUACCGAGCCAGAGGAGCAGCUAGAGCAGCCUCAUCCUACAGAGGAAAUCACCGAUGGUUCCUACGAGACUGAUACUCCUGAAAUUGAGGAACAAUCAUCAAUUGUAUCAUCGGGAGAAACUGAAAAUGAAGUUCCUCUUAUCACCGAUGCCCCUGAGCAACUGAUCGAGGAGGAAAUUACGUCUGAAGUGGCGAUCGAGGACACUAUCCUGGAAGCCCCUCAGGAGGUCAUUGAUGAGUAA